GGAGCGGCCGGAGCCGGGCAGGAGCCAUGCCACUUCCUGAUGUUAUGUUCUGCGCUCAGCAGAUUGAAAUCCCACCUGAGUUUCCGGACAUUUUAAAACAGUUUACAAAAGCUGCCAUCCGGACCCAGCCACGUGAUAUUCUUCAGUGGUCAGCUGCGUAUUUUUCAGCGUUGUCUAAAGGUGAAACCCUUCCAGUGAAGGAACGGUAUGAAAUGCCAGUGGCAACUCAGAAAAAUAACACUGGUCUUACACCAGGUCUUCUGAAGAUUCUGCACAAUCAGCUCUCUUCAAAGAUGAUUGUUGACGAGCUUGAGUUAAUGGAAAAAUGGAAAGACCUAGGAUUGCCAUUCCAACAACUACAAAACAUUCUGCAACUGGGCAAUUUACAGAAUGAGAUUGAAUGGAUGAAAUUCUUGGCUCUUGCUUGCAGCGAUUUGGGUGGGACUCUAUUCAGUGCCCUGAAAUAUGCCUGUGAAAUCCUAACGACCGACCCAAUUGGAGGUGCUGCCCACAUCGAAUUUGAAACCUUCAAGUAUUUGUACAUCUACUUAGCAAUGAUGGAUGAGGAAAUUACGGAGUCUGAAAUUCAUGCAACUCUUCAGGCUUUACAGGAAGAUGUUGUAAAUGAUCUUUACCGGCAACCUACAAACUAUAAUCGUUUGAGUACAUAA